UUCACGAGCAGAAUCUGACGCCAUGAAAAAUCCAUCGAAUAUUCACUCAUGAGCAGGCGGAAUUUCUAUCUGUUCUGACGUCGAUGAUCCCAGUCUAUGUGAAAAAUAUCUCACUGUCAUUGAAAUAAUCCAAUAGUCAUGUCGAAAGGACCUAAAGGCAAGGGAGCACGGGUGAUUGGGCCAAAAGCCUUAGUGGAGCGAGCGAGCGGGAUCUUUUAGCAGUCACGUUUGAGUCGUUUUCACGCUUGCAAACAACAAAAACCGGAGAAAAGCGCAAAAAAAUGACGAGUGACUACUCGCCCUUCCUUCGCCCUCGAUGAAGACAAAGACUGUCGCCAUUGCCACUCUUGGAACCGUUGCUGCCAUUGCACUCGGAUACGCCUUCUACUUUGAUCAGAAAAGAAGAAAUGAUCCUGAAUUCAGAAGAAAAUUGAAGCGCGAGAAGAAGAAGUCUGCGAAGAAGGCAAAGAUGUCAGCUGAAAACAUAAAGCAAAAGGUGUCUGAGACACUUGAGGCUGGCCUCGAAGCUGUCAACGAAGAGACUUUCCCUACCUCUGUCGAAGACAAGGAGAAGUUCUUCAUGGCUCAGAUCUCUGCUGGUGAGACGCUGUGUGCUCAAGGAGAGGAACAUUACUUUGAAGCCGCCAUGUGCUUCUUCCGUGCUCAAAAGGUGUACCCUUCACCUGUCGAACUUAUUAUGAUCUAUCAGAAGACUGUUCCUGAACCCGUUUUCCAGUUGGUUGUCGGCAUGAUGACUUUGGAGCACCAAAAACGUCAAGACGGCUUCUACGAAUCAUUCCCUCCGGAAGAUAUGCACGUCAAGAUUGGUGAUAUCGAAGAAGGUCAAAAUGGUGAAGGACAGACUGUUCUUCGUAAGGGAUUGGUCGCCACCCAAGAUUUCGAGGAGGGUGAUGUUAUCUUUGUGGAAGAGCCCAUUGUUUCCGCUUUGAACUCCCAACUUGAGGGAGGAGACUUUUGUAACUACUGCUUGAAGCACAUCACAGCAGACAAGGUUGAAUGUGCCAACUGUAACCAAGUUGUUUUCUGUAGCCAAUCGUGUUACGAGAAGGCCAAUGAAGAAUAUCACCAAUUCUUGUGCACCAACAACAAGACCAAGGAUGACGCUUCUUCUCAGGAACAAGCAUUCCUUGACUUUUCAAAGGAAAAGAACGUGAAAUACCCUUAUUUGAUUGCUAGAUUCCUUGCCACCAUGGUUCAUGACGAAAUCGAAAAGGCCAAGUCCGGUGUUACCGAUGGAUACAGCUCUUGGGAUCACGUUGACCGCUUUAGAUAUCUUGAACUCACACCUACCCCUCAAAACCUGAAGGAAUUGAGUUUGAUCAAGGAGUUGUUGGGACCCAAGGUGACUGGUGUUGAUGAAUUCUUGACCGAAGAGCGUUUCCUGAUGCUCAAGGGUAAGAUUCUUUUCAACGCAUACUCUGUCCAGUCCAUCAGCAAAGGAGAUAAGGAGAUAGAGAAAUCAACCGAGUUGCACAGAGAAUCCCUCCCCGACCAACUUUCCGUCGGUAGUGCCCUUUAUCGUGCCACGACUUAUCUUUCACACUCCUGUGAGCCUAACACCCAGAUCGAAUUUGCCGACAAGUCACACAGUCUGACCGUCAAGGCAGCUAAGCCCAUCAAGAAGGGUGAAGAGCUUCGAACCAGCUAUAUUCAACUUGAGGAUAAGAACACUGAGCAACGACGAAACCAAUUGGCUGAAUUGUUCCAGUUCAAGUGUGUAUGCUCCAAGUGUGAAACCGAUUAGACAGCUUUUUUUACGAUUUUAUAUGUGUUUUUAAAAUAAAAAAGAGUAAAAGCACACACACCUCUUUGCCACCACAAUCGAUUAUUUUUAGC